AUGGGAACUCCCCAGGAACGAGAAGCCCAGAAGAGCUACUGGGCGGAGCACUCGAGCAACGCCACGGUGGAGUCGAUGAUGCUCGACAGCCAGGCUGCGGAUAUUGACAAACUGGAAAGGCCAGAGGUGCUCAAGCUCCUGGGGUCUGUGGACGGCCUGGAUGUUGUGGAACUGGGUGCUGGCAUCGGGCGAUUCACCCGCCCCUUGGCGGAGGAGGCACGCAGUGUGGUGGCACUGGACUUCAUGCCCAACCUGAUUGAGCAGAACAGGGUGGACAAUGGUCACCUGGGCAACAUCGACUUCCGGUGCGGCGAUGCCACCGAGCUGGACCUGCCCGCCGGCUGUGCCGACCUGGUGUUCUCCAACUGGCUGCUCAUGUACCUUGCCGACGACGAGGUGGCCAAGCUGGCUCACAACAUGCUCACCUGGGUCAAGGUCGGGGGCACGGUCUUCUUCCGCGAGUCCUGCUUCAGGCAGUCUGGCGACAAGGCGCGCGGCAGCAACCCCACCCACUACCGCAAUCCCCGCGAGUACUUCAAAAUCUUCGACGAGUGCGAGGUGGUGCAGCCAGACGGCCGCGUCGCGGUGUUCGACCUGGUGUGCUGCAAGAGCGUGGACACAUACGUGCGUGUCAAGCAGAACCAGAACCAAGUCUGCUGGAAGUGGCGCAAGAUCAUUAAGCCCGCGCCCACGGCCUUCCGCGUCGACCGGCACUUCCUGGACGGCCAGCGCUACACCGCGGGCAGCAUCGCGCGCUACGAGUUUGUGUUUGGCCAGGGCUUCAUCUCGCCCGGCGGCGAGCGGCUGACGCAGGAGCUAGCGGCGCGGCUGGGCCUCAACCCCGACGCACACGUGCUGGACGUGGGUUGCGGCGUCGGCGGCAGCGCCUUCCAUUUGGCCCGCACCCUUGGCUGCUAUGUGUACGGGAUAGACUUGUCGGCCAACAUGAUCCUGACGGCCCUGGAACGGGCCGCCGCCUCGGGCAACGGCGACAAGGCGAGCCGGCGGCUGGGUGGGAUGGAGGGUGGGGUGUCCCUGGAGGUGAGCGACGCCACGAGACGCGCGCUGCCCGAGGCCUCCUUCGACGCGGUCUUCACACGUGACUCCCUGCUCCACAUCCACGACAAGCCGGCGCUGUUCUCCCGCCUGCUGCGCGCACUGCGCCCCGGCGGCCAGCUCCUGGUCACGGACUACUGCCGCGGCGGCGGCCCGCCCUCCCCGGGCUUCUCCGCCUACAUCGACGACCGGGGGUACGACCUGGUGGCGGUGGCCGAGUACGCGGCCCUGCUCUCCGCCGCGGGGUUUGAGGUGCUGUCUGCGCGGGACGAAACGCCGCGAUUCGUCGCCACGCUGGGCGCCGAGCUGGAGCGCCUGCGGGAGCGCCGCGACGAGUUUGUGGCGCGCUUCUCGGAGCGGGAGCACGCCGACAUGGUGGCCGGGUGGGAGGCCAAGCUUGAGCGCGCCCACGCAGGCGAGCACUGCUGGGGCGUCUUCCACGCACGGCGGCCAUGA